UACAAUUUUAUUACAUUUCCUCAGUAUUUUAUUAUCGAGUCAUAAAACAUUAAACAUAUCAUACGCAUAUGGAACAAUCCAAAGCAAGAUGGCGGACCUCUAAGCGAACCGUUACGAUAAAUACCCAAAAUUUUGCGUUCGACGACCGUACAGUAAAUUUACAUUCACGGUCAGCCUAAAUUUUCACUUCGACUACUCGCCUGUCCACUAUUCGGUAUACAUAAAGAUGAGGAGUUGAAUCGAGAUCUUGUGUGAAAGUGUACGUCGUCUUGGUAGGAAGUGUAUUGGCUUCAACUGAAUUCGCUGCUCCCUUUAUUCACUGAUUCAAUGCGGAUAGACAGUAUUCUUUUAGCGUGCGACAAGAAAAGUGUUCAGUAAUGAUGUGUAUUCGUUCGAUAAUUUGUGUGGCUGUUGUAAUUGCAACGACAUGUUUUGUUAAUUGCGAAGAGUUGCAAUCAGGUAUAGAAAAAGGAGUUAGUUUGAAUAAUACCGAGAGUAAUGUAGAAAAGAGCACACAAGAUGGAACAAAUAGUACGACGGAAACGGAGGAUAAAAAUUUUUGGGAUUGGCUGAACGGUGUUUUAUCUGGUUUGAGGCCUACUACAAGUGCACCUCCAAUAGCAGAAGCACCAGAAUCAUGUCCACCCUGCAGAUGUGGUAUAACAAAUACACAAAGACGAAUAGUAGGCGGUGUUGAAACUCAGGUAAAUCAAUAUCCUUGGAUGGCAUUAAUGAUGUUCAAAGGACGUUUCUAUUGUGGAGCAUCAGUUAUAAAUUCUCGCUAUGUAUUAACUGCUGCUCAUUGUGUUGACAGAUUCGAUCCAAAUUUGAUGUCCAUCCGAAUAUUGGAGCAUGAUCGUAAUUCGACAACGGAGUCUGAAACUCAAAUGUUCAAAGUUGAAAAAGUGAUCAGACACAGUGCCUAUUCCACGUAUAAUUACAAUAAUGACAUUGCGCUGGUCAAAGUGAAGGAUUCGAUUAAAUUCGAAGGGAAGAUGAGACCUGUUUGUCUUCCAGAACGAGAAAAAACGUUUGGUGGUAUGGAGGGUAUAGUAACCGGGUGGGGUGCGCUCGACGAGGGAGGUCCCAUAUCGCCAACGUUACAAGAAGUGACAGUUCCAAUUCUCACGAAUGCUGAAUGUCGUGAAACGAAAUAUCCAUCACGGAAGAUAACAGACAACAUGAUUUGCGCCGGCUAUAAAGACGGAAUGAAGGAUUCGUGUCAGGGAGACAGCGGUGGUCCUCUACACGUUGUCACCAACAACACACACAGCGUAGUUGGAGUCGUUUCUUGGGGAGAGGGGUGCGCGAAACCUGGGUAUCCCGGUGUUUACAGCAGAGUGAAUCGUUAUUUGACGUGGAUAGAACAGAACACCGAAGGCGCUUGUUAUUGUUAAUUAGACUUAAUUGAGAAUGAACGAUGAUUCUCGAGGAUUAGAAUACUCAAUGACAAACAAAAUGACAAAUACUCAAUGACAACACACUUUGUAUAUACACAGUUGACAUUUUUAAAAUAGUAAUUCAGUUGUAAGAAUUUCAGUAGGAACUUGAAAUGGCGGGAACCGUUGGCUUCUUUGGGAAAGAUUGCGUUGUAGGGAAAAAUGGUUUCAUAAAUCGUUUGUUAAGUUUAUAGACUUUGUAAGUUUUUGAAUCUAAUUGUGAAUUUAUGAAAUUGGGAAAGUGGGAAAUUUGAGAAUUUGGGAU